AUGCCUUCCUUCUCAGCAAACCGACAGAGUCGAUCCAGGCCUUCCAACAUCUCGUUCGGACGCAGACGAUCUGAUGAGAAAUCGAUGUCCUCGCCCUCCUUUAAUAGCUCCAUGUCUCUUGGGAAUGUCGAGGAUGUGUUUUGUGACUCUUUGCGUUCAGUGGAUCGGCUUCGUCACCACUACCUCGCCAUGCCGGCGACACCCUCCAGUCUCUCUGCUGGCAGUGCACCCGGAGCACGAAUGGAGCGUCUCCCAAGUUUGACGGACUUGUUUCACCGCGAUAUCCUCUCACCCCAAAGCAGCGGGCUUCUGCCGCUCAACUCUCUCAGGUCGGAACAAGGCGUCGAGCUGAUGAGACGUAGUGGCUCCAGAUCCUCCACCUCAUCAGGGCAAGAUUGGCAAUGGAAUACCUCGUUCAGCCAAGAUGCUCCAGCAGGGUCGAUCGGUCCUCCCGCUACGCCUUUAUCACCUUACUUCUUCGAUGUCUCAGCCCGGGCACAGUCCGUAUCGCCUAGGACAACCUCAUCCGUAGCGACUUUCAGCAUCAUUCUGACAACUAGUGAUGGUGAAAGGACACCAAGAGCUGCUUCCCGAGCUUCCUUUGACUUCGUUGCGCAACCAGCCGACAGCGGCCGAACUUCGCCAAGAUGUCCAGGUGCACCGUUGAUCGGAGCAAACAAUCGAGGACAUUUCGACACUCAGUCAUGGCAGCAGCAUCAGGGUAACAGCUCGCUAGGGCCGUUUCUGGGUCUUCAACGCCGCACCUCGUACGGCAUAGCACGUCACGAGCAAUACACAGCGGAGGCAUGGACGAAGGAAAGAGCGGUGAUGUCAAGGCUGGAGGCAAGUUUGCCUAAAGUGCCGGGCUUGAAUGGACUUGGUAUUUACAUGGACGCAGAGAACGCUCUGUCACCCUUCCGCAAAGCAGCCCAAGCUACAGCUGGUCAAGUCCAGCUGUCAGAAAUCUCACCGACAGGACGGCACUACACGGCGAGUGGACACACAGGCUUGACACCCAUGGUCAAGGCAUCCAAGGUCUGUGAUGUCUCAUCAACACCAACGAGGCCAAAGACGAAGAAGUCGCCGAGCUCUCUCAAGACGUUAUCGCCCGACAAAGCUACCUCGACCUCCACAAAGACAUCGCCUUCAGCUACAGCAGCCAAGAGACGUGUUGAGCCUUCUAAGACACCUCUCAACAAGUCUCGACCCAUGUUCCGACUCGACACUGGCUCGGGCAAGAAGUCGUUCAAGCCCAAGGGCCACAAGAUGAGCCCAGAUGCAACGCCCUGGGGAGUAUUCGGAGGCAAAGACGGAUGGAAGCCGCUUGCACCACCCAACGUAUCACGAGCCAUUGCCGAGGCAAAUAGGCUCGUCGCAGAGACAGCAGCAGCCGCCAAUGCCACAUCAUCGCCGUCUGGCAAGAGGGAGGCCAACAGCACUUUGAAGACCGUCAGCCCAUCCAAACGACCUCGUGCCACCGAGAACUCUUCACCGUACAAAGAGAACAUGGCACCAUCACUGCGGAACUUGUCACCAUCGAAGCGAGCUCACUUGCUCUCGCCCACGUACCGCGACUCCCCUACAGCACUACCACUCUCUACUAUUCGCUAA